AGCGGAAAGCUUUCGUCGCCCAGGCAUGACAUCAUUAUUGCCCGACUGGCCAUGUUGCUGCAUGUUAGGGCUCAACAUGUUCAGCUUCAGCCGCAUUUGCUGAGACUCGGGUUUGUUAUGUUUCGACUUACAGGGAAAGCAAAAGUUCCACUCUGAUUCCUGGGAUUUGAAGACUGAAUGGCUGCAGUAAAAGAAAACAUACACUCAGUUUCUACUAUGUUGUGGUAUCUGUGUGAAUUGUGCCUGACACCGCCUUGAACUCAUCGAAACAUGGAAAUAAGAAUCAACAAUCAAGGAAAAUGAAUAUUUUGUCAUCAUGCAUUUUAGAACGAAAUAUUUUCUUCGUGUUCUGAAGCCCAGUAUUAGUCCCUUCAACAACUGUCCCAAAUGUUUCCUCUCUCUAGUUCAAAGACCUUUUUGUCAAAGAGAGCUACAAGUGUGUUGGUUUCCAAAGUGCUUUAGAAAUACUUAUAUUGUUCCUGGUUUCCAAGGAGGCAUUCAGCCCAGGAGAUUCUUUUCCUAUAAGGAUCUUCUGAAGUCGGAACAGGCAAACUGGAAGGCUUGUUCAGCAAAUUACACAGAUUUGACAGAGAGAAUUAAACGAAGAUUAGAAGCUCAUUAUGAGAAGUACUCAACCAGUUUGCACAGCCUGGUGGUUAAGCUUGGAGAGUAUGUUUACUUUGAAGAAAAUGGCUGCAUAUUUCGUUCAAAAGUGGGAGAAAUAGAUGAAAAAAACAGUGAGCCACUACUUAGUGCAGAGGCUCUACCAUUUCAUGAUUCCUUAAUCCAUCGCAUCCGAAUUUCUCCAGAUCACAAAUAUUUGGCUGUUGGAAUUAAAAGUGCAAAUUCUGAAGAAUGUGCUUGUGUCAUUGUAAAACUAAAUGCACUACCAAACGUUGAAUGCAUUAUCCCAGAUGUGUACAGCUUUGAAUGGGCUACACAUGACAUUCUGUUUUAUACCAUCCAGAAGAACCUUCAGUGUCAUGAUGUGUAUUUGUCUGAUUUUAGUAAAAAAUGUUCCAGGCUGGUUUAUAAGGAGCAAAAUGCAAGGUAUUUUGUGGAUCUCUACCUCACAAAAGAUAAACACUUUCUGACUAUAAACAGUAAUAGCAAAUCUACUUCCGAAGUGUGGUUGGUUGACUGCUGCUAUCCUUUGAAGACUCCUCUUCUUGUGCAAGAACGGACUGAAGGAAUAAUUUACCAUGUUGAACAUAGAAACAAUGAGUUGUAUAUUCUUACAACAGUUGGAGACCCAAUAGGAUACAAGCUGAUGAAGGCUCCAGUUGACUCAUGUGGUUUGGAGAACUGGCGGUUCGUUUACACAGUAAAAGAAAAAGCAAAACUGGUUGAUUUAGAGAUGUUCAAAGACCACUGCGUUGCCUUUCUGAAGUUCUCCGGCCAGCUCUAUUUGGAUGUUAUUUCUCUUGUAUCAAACUCAGUUUUCAGAAUUAAGCUACCUGCUUGGGCCUGUUCAUUUGAAUUGGAGCCGCGUCCUGAACAUACCACCAGCACUUGCUGUUUUUGGCUGAUCUCCCCAGUUCAACCUCCAGUACGCUUUGCAUAUUCACUGGCAGACAACCGCCUUGUUGAGCAUACAACACAAGAGGCACCAAUUACUGUGAAUUGUCACACCAUACGCUUAGAAGCUAAGAGCAAGGAUGGAACUUGGGUGCCAAUUACCGUUUUUCAUGCAGCCAGUUCUAUAGAGCUGUGCAGGAGGCCACUUCUGAUUCAUGUCUAUGGAGCUUAUGGCAUAGACCUGAACAUGAGCUUUAAGGCAGAAAAUCUCAUGUUAAUCAAUGAUGGGUGGAUAUUAGCAUUCUGCCAUGUAAGAGGUGGAGGAGAGUUAGGCCUGGGUUGGCAUAAAGAUGGUUGUCUAAAGAAGAAGCACAAUGGUAUCCAAGAUCUCCAAGCCUGCAUUAGGUUGUUACAUGAACUAGGAUAUUCCAAUCCAGCGCGUACAGCCCUGAGGAGCCUGAGUGCUGGAGGAGUUAUUGCAGGAGCCCUCUACAAUAAUGAUCCACAUCUUAUCAGAGCUAUGGCUUUGCAGGCCCCUUUCCUGGAUGUUCUAAAUACAAUGCUAGACCCACAUCUUCCCCUAACUAUUGAAGAACAAGAAGAAUGGGGCAACCCAUUAAUAGAUGAGUCCUACAAGGAGUAUAUUAAAAAUUACUGUCCAUAUCAGAACAUCAGGCCACAGAAUUAUCCUUCUCUUUUCAUCACGGUCUCUGAAAACGACCAACGGGUACCUCUGGCGGGGUUAUUAAGAUUCAUUUGUAAACUUAGAAAAGCUGUGCAAAACAAUGCCCAACUCAACAGCACAGAUGACAAAGGACUGCAAGCACCUAAUAUUAUCUUAGAUGUUCAGUCAGGAGGGAGUCACUGUGCUCCUUCAUGGGAGGAGUCCUUAAAUCAGUUCAGCGGUUCAGCAGAAUUCAGCUGUUCUGAAAGAGCGCAUAAGAAGUUUUCUGCUUAACAUAGAAUGCAUACACAGAAACAAGUUACUGUCUUCACCCACUUGCUGCCAUGGAAAGAAGCAAAGCAAUUUUGAAAGCAUUUUGUGACACAACCUUCAGAGUUACUGCUGCUGUUCUGAUCACAAGCUGUGUUAUACCUGACAGUAAUGCUCAAUUCACAGGAAGCUUUUCUGAUCUCAGUGAAAAGCCCAUUACAGCAGCUGCCAUUUUCUAAAGAGAAUUGAGCAAGAAGAACUCUGAUUACUCUUCAGAUGGCAGGAGAACCCACAUUAUUAUCCCCAAUGUUAUAAGAGCACUAAUAGCUUUGGAGGAGAACCAGCAGUGGAUCUGGAAAGAGCGGGUAAUCUCUCUCUGAAGAGUGGUAAAGGCGACAAAGAAUGAGCCUGUUGUUCUUUAACAAUGAAAAGGGGUUUUUUAUUGUUUUAGGUUGCAGCACAACUGGCAUUUCUGUACAACGAGCUUGGACUUGACAAACAAGAGUGAAUCAGGGAAGAUGGAGAGCAGUUUUUUGCCAAUUGGUAAAACCAGAAGAAAUAUUUCAGACUGAAUUAAAAACUAUUCAUCAUACGAUUUUUAAGAAUUACCUAAUUUGUACAGUUAUCUCUUUUCUUAAAAACAGAGGAAAUCCUAUUUUUGUUAUAUUCCAAAUGUUAUUGUUUGAUUAAAUACCAUCACUGUUCAUUCAUA